GCGCCUCUAUUCUACCAAUGGCAGGCAAACACUCCUAAACACUUUUGACUCAUUUACAGCCAUUGAUUUUAUAAUAUUUUCUCAUUUUCAACUCUCUCAUUCUUGAUUCAUCCUCCUAUUUAACAUCAAAUUCAUAUUGAAGUUGACUUACUACUUGCCACUAAAGCAAUCAUUUUUCUUCGAUUAUUACAAUUGCCAUUCUUUUUCCAAACCUACCCACUUAAAAAAGAUCCCAAAUUUACAUUGGGUGUUUCAUUUUCUCAUCUGGGUUUGAGUAUUUCUUGAAAAAGAUUUACAAAUAAAGUGAAAUUUUGGGUUUUUUAGUGGGUUAUUGAGGUUUCUUGAAUUGGGUAUUCAUAUUCCCAUCUGGGUUUGGUUAUUUCUUGAAAAAGAUUUACAAACAAAGUGCAAUUUUGGGUUUUUUAGUGUGCUUUUGAGGUUUCUUGAAUUGGGUAUUCAUAUUCUCAUCUGGGUAUGAGUGAUUCUUGAAAAAGAUUUAUAAAAGAAGUGCAAUUUGGGUUUUUUAGUGUGUUAUUGAGGUUUCUUGAAUUGGGUUUUCUUGAUUCUUGAGAAGGUAGAAUUUUUUUUUUUUUUUAAUCUGAUCAUGGUUAGUUUUAAGGAGAUUGUGUCAAACAAGACAGUGGUUGGUCUUGUGUUGGGACAGAUUCUUUCACUUCUUAUCACAUCAACUGGAUUUUCAUCAUCUGAGCUUGCUAGAAGAGGGAUCAAUGCGCCUACAUCACAAUCUUUAGCUAACUACGUGAUGUUGGCAAUUGUUUACGGAGGAAUAUUAUUAUACAGAGGAAGCGGGCUGAAGGCCAAAUGGUAUUAUUAUUUACUUCUUGGGCUUGUAGAUGUCGAGGCUAAUUAUCUUGUGGUGAAGGCGUAUCAGUACACAUCAAUAACGAGUAUAAUGCUGCUCGAUUGUUGGUCAAUCCCCUCGGUCAUACUGCUGACGUGGCUCUUUCUAAAGACAAAAUACAGGUACAAGAAAAUUGCAGGUGUUGCCAUCUGUAUCGCUGGUCUUGUGCUCGUUAUUUUCUCCGAUGUUCAUGCAGAUGACCGCUCACAAAGCGGAAGCAACCCUAUUAAAGGGGACUUUUUGGUGGUUGCGGGGGCCACACUUUAUGCUGUCAGCAACGUUAGCGAGGAGUUCUUUGUGAAAACCGCUGACAGGAUUGAACUUAUGGCAAUGUUGGGGCUCUUCGGUGCUAUCUUCAGUGGUAUUCAAAUAAGCAUACUUGAGCGCGAGGAACUCAAAUCCAUCCAUUGGUCUUCAGGAUCAUUGCUUCCUUACACGGGAUUUGCAGCCGCAAUGUUUUUAUUUUACUCAGGCGUUCCUGUUUUGCUGAAGAUGAGUGGAGCAACAAUGUUGAAUCUGUCGUUGCUGACAUCUGACAUGUGGUCGGUCUUGAUUCGUAUCUUCGCGUACCAUGAAAAGGUUGAUUGGAUGUAUUUCGUAGCCUUUGUUGCCGUUGCUAUCGGGCUCGUUGUUUAUUCAGGGUUCGAUAAAGAAAACCAUGCAGACGAAGCAGCAGAUCUAAGCAGAUAUUUAGAUGAAGAAGCCGGAGACCCGAGUUCAAAUAAACAUUUAGCAGCUAGUAGUAGUGGCAAUAUCAAAGGGGAUGAUGCAGUGAUCAAGAAGAUUUGAUCUGGAACCAAUAGCUUCAUCUUUUUAUUUUAUUUUCAUUAUUAUCAGUGAAUUUAAGGAACUAUAGCUAAGCAAUACACAUGAAUAACUUAUUGAAUGCCUAUCAAUUAUUACUUGUUUGAAUCCAUCGCACCGGGGUUUUACUGUAAUGGACCUUCGGUUGGCGGGUUUUCACUGGAA